CAUGACCUAAAAAUGGCUUCCAGUGGAGGAGUUAUCUUUGAGAACUACCUGUACAAGUUGACUGGAGGCAAAGGGAAGUCAUUUUUCAGUAAGUCCAAUCCUUGGAAGCAGCGCUACGUUAUACUGAAGAGUAAUGGAAACAGGCCUGUGUUGGAAUACUACAGUAAAAAGCCAAAAAACAAGAAUGCAGCACCAAAUGACAAAGUCAGCCUGGCAGGAGGUUUCCGUUUGGAAAAAGUCACUAACACACGUAACAGGGCGUAUGUGUUCGAGCUUACAACAGCCGAGAAAUACCUGUGCCUGUCUGCUGAUGAACAACGACACAUGGACAUGUUUGUGUUCAUGAUACAGACACAGAUAACUCUUCAUGAACAAAUUAAAGAGGAUUUUGUGGUCGUCAAAGCAGAAAAUUCUGAGGCUCAGCGAAGAAUAGGAGCUAAGGGAGCUAACUGUAUACUGCAUGUAUCACCUUGGGGAGCCACCCUCGCUUUACUGUCCUGUAGAUCAGUGCUCGCCCAGUGGCCACUGAAGAGUGUACGAUACUUUGAGGCUUCAGGCCAGGGCAGCUUCCUGCUGGAGGCAGGACGUGUGGCUCCAAUGGGCGAUGGAAUAUAUGUUUUUCAAACUGCGCCUGGUGACGACAGCAAACUUUACGACCUCUUGGACCAACAUAUUGUUGAUGCUCUUGGGAAGAUACACCCAGGGCGUCGGGGAACAACAGAAGAAGUGGAGGAUUACGUCGAAGAAGCUGAAAAGCUGUCAGCUCUUACAUCUGUCUCUCUCAUAACUUUUGAAAAUCCAGAUAUACCUAAAAUACUCAAGGACAAUUGGAAUUAUGAUGUUGUUGGUAAUGUUCCAAGAUCAGCACCCAUUGUCCAUACUCGCCAGAACAGCCAACAGUCCAGAACAGACGGGAAUGACAACAAUCCCCCACCACUACCAAGAAGGAUGAACACAGAGAACCGUUCCAAAAGUUCCCCGCAAAUCUUGAGAAACCACAGUCAAGGUUCUGUCAGUGUUUCUAGUGUAAAGGGAGGUAACCCACUAGCUGAGCGUCCACCCCUUCCUCCUCCAGCCAAGAAUAACACUAAACCAAUUGGAAUUCCUCGCAAUAAUAGUGAGGGAACAUUACUCAAUGACGAUCAUUAUUUCAGGAUGAAUUCAACGUCCAGUUCGGGGAGCAACAUCCAGUCCCCAAGUGUUCGACAUGCCAACAAUGCUUGGUCUCCUCCCCCGUCCUUCUUUGAGGCCACCAGAGGGAGACUUAGUGACUCAGGACCAGGUGUUGAUGGAUACCUGACUCCACGAGUCAGUACAGAAGUGGAGGAAGAUAAUGGUGUGAUAGAUUACAUUCUCCCUUCUCCCUCGGAUGAAAAUUUCAGUAGUUUGCCUCGUCAGAGUAGUUACGACAACAAAAGAACAGCCCAUAGUCGCCGAAGGUCUUCAAGUUCAAGGCUGAAUAGAUUACGAUCUGUCAGCUGUGAAAAUGUUCAUGAUGAAUCGAAAAGGUUGUCAACAAGGAGAAAUACAGAUGUAAAUCAAAAUGUAGAGACUUAUGAUUUAGCAAAACCUAUUAAUCCAUUUCAAAAUCUGCAAGACUUUCAUGGAAGUAAAGAGCUUCUGACAGAUAAUCAUCACUAUUACAACAGGAAAUCCACAGAAAACUAUUAUAACAUUCAGGGCUUGCGUGGGAUUAUCGAUGAAACUAACAUAAAGCCAGUUGCAGAAACACGAAGACGUUUCAAUGAAACUUGUCGAGACACACUUGUUCGUUCAAUAUCAAAUCCAAACUUCCUUCAUCUGCAGAGUAAAGAUAAACUGAGUGAUGUUCGUGCAAGUGCUAUAAAGUCUGGAACUCUGGAGCUUCAGUCAACACUGAAAUCUCAAAACAAACAGAAAAGUAAAUCUCUACUCAAUCUCUUCAGAAAUAAAGGUAGUCGACAGAAUAGUAAAUCUGAUACCUGGAGCAUGUACACCCCUCGGAGUAUGCCGAGUAGCCCUACAGGCACGCUCACCAGACAUGGCAGUAAUCCAAAUAUACUCAUCAACAUGAAAGACAUUAAGAUUGUGAGCAGGACUCGGUCCUUUAGGAAACCCAAACCUAAGGAAGGUGUUGAAACCUCACCACUGGUGCCUAGAAAGUCACCGAUGAUUCCACGCAAGUCCCCUAAGGUGCCUCACAAAUCACCACAAGUACAACGCACAGACAGGUCCUCACCUGUCGUCCAAAGAUCACCACAAGUUCCACCAAGGACACUUAAUGGAGUUAUGUCCUCCCCAGUGUCUGUACACAAUCGUGGAUAUCAUUCACCACCAGAGGGCAGUGUAAUACGUCAUACUCGUGAAGGAAGUGGUUCCAGUUCAGGGAGCAGUGCUGUUCAUCAUCCUCGAACAGGAAGUAGUUCAUCUGGUGGGUACGUCAGACACAGCAGUGAAGGCGGUGGUAGUCCACUAAAGAACUUCUCUCGUCAAUCCUCAUCUUCCUCUGUCAAUAGUAAUAAAGUGGAAACUAUUUGUUAGAGGAAAUGAUAAGGUAAUAUCCGUUGUGUGGCUUGUUCAGCUUUAAUGAGGGGAAAUCUUGAUACCUGGUAUGCUGACAAAGCAGAAGUAGAAUAUUAUUGUUUACAAUUUUCUGUUACUAGAGUAUACAUUGUAAAUCUUAAAAAGCAAACAACUUGUACUACUUGUGUUAAAUUUCUCAAAUGAUAUAAAUUGUUUGUCCUUUUAUCAAAAAUUUUACUUGGUGGUCCUAUGUUUUACAUCUAAUUACACUCUGUAUAUCUAUGAUGUAUACACUCACACAAAAUAUAAAAAAUGGCCCAGUACAGUUUUUAUUGUUUCCAUGUGUUUUACAUUGCAAGUCAAUUUAUAAUGUGAUACACUGAGGCUAAAACUAUGUCCUCAACCAUUGUCCUGUCUGGUUUGUGCCUGCAGCCACACUAUAAAUUUACCAUUAACGGUGUAUGGUUUUUGUAGCCUUCCCUAGGCCUAUUGUUAAGGUAUGUGGGCUGAAUAUAUGUAGAUUUUGAAUCCUGGAACAACAGGCUUAAUUAUAUCCCCUUGUCUUUUUAACAAGAAUGGAUAGAGGCAUUUUGAAAAUAGCAUAAUGUAAUUAAAUAAUCCAUCCAGAGAUUUGUUUGUUGAUAUAAUUAUGACAUACUAUACUUAUAAUUAUGACAUAUAUACUAUACUCUAUUUUUUGGUAAUUUGGUAUAUUUUACUUCUUUAUAGCUUGGCUGGACAAAGUCCAGAGGAGCUAUUGUCAUACACCAAGCAGCAUCUGUAAACAGCUAGAUUAAAUAUUUUAUAAUACUAAUGAGGAUACAACUUAGGUAUUUGAUAUGUAUGUUCCUUGUGACAAGACCUUUCCAUUGGUACUACAUUUGUAGACCUGCUUACAUUGAUGAUGACCUUUGACCUACUUUUUGUCUCAAGACCUUUCCAUCGGUACUAGUACUGUAUUGGCUGACCUUGACCAUCGUUUAAAAAGCAUUAACCUUGGCCACAGUAUAUAUUAACCAUACAAGAUAGUACUUUCAUAUUUGACACGUAUGAUUAAAUUCCCUGUCACAAGAACUUUCUAUUUGUACUACAUUUGUGGACCUGCUAACCUUGAUUGUGACCUUUGACCUACUUUUAAAAGAAUUAUUCUAGAUUUCAAUCCACUUGAUGAGGUAUGUUGUUUUCUGACCCCUUGUGUCAGAUCUAUAUAUAAUAAACUGCUCAAGUGCUUGUGUCACUAUAUAUAUAUAGCCUGUGAGACACAAUAAUUUCUGACCUUAGACAGGUGUUACUACUAGGUAUAUGUAACCAUGCUAACAAUCCGAUCUUGCCCUCUUGUGUAAUCAUACUAUUACUGCUGAAAUGAAAGUAUGCUAAUAUAAUUAGUUUUUAAUUAAAUAAUAAAGUUUACAUGUGCCAAUUUCAAUUGAACAAAUUGACAUAUUUUUUUUACUACAUUUACGUACUAUGUAUAUAAAUUGUGUAAAAGUUAGUGUGAAGUGUGUUGGUUUGUUGUUUUGUUGGAUGCAUAUGGACUACCUUGAUGUUGUACCUUUCUUUAACAUUCAUUGCAUUGUACAUUUGUAGUUAUGAUGUGCAAUAAUUUAAUAAUACCAUACAUUUCACAGUACAGCAAAUUGUGUUUUGCAAGAACAAUUAGGCAGGUGUACAUUGUAGUUAUUGACAUUUUGAAUGAAUGUAUUAACAGCAGAAAAAUAUGUGUACAUGUUUUCGUGACCAUUGAAAUACAUUUUGAUCAAACAAUUGACCUGCGAAUGUUAUGGCCCAUGUUUCUCAAACAAUAAUUACACAACUUAUUGUCACCAAGAUCACUUUAAGGUGCAUGGAAGAUUGUUAUAUUUAAUGUUGAAUAUCAAUAUUGAUUUUUUUUAUUGCAAACUUUCCUUGCUGUAUGGUAAGUAGGUUGAUCAGUAGCCUGUGUGAGUGAUAAUACUGUAUAUACAAAUCAUUCCAGGACUUCACUAACAACCCGUCAUUAUAUACAAACCUGCUGAAAAGCAACUACAUUGUACAUGAUUAUAUGGUUAUGUUUGUCGUUUGAUCACAAUAAAGGGAAAAGGGCCUUCUAAAGGAAAUAUUAGUAAAAACGAAUGUUUACAUAUGAGUUUAGUUAAGAAGAGAAGUCGGCUUUAUUAAGAUAUCUGUCUGCUUUAUAAUUAAGUUUGAGGUUUGGUGAUAUGAAUGUCACACUAAGUCACAAUUAUAUUGUAAAUGUUUUUGAGUGUGGUGUCCAAUAUAUGAUAUUAAGCUGAGUUUGUGAUGAUCCUAUUUUCCUGUAGUUAACCCUCCUCGUGUUCCUACCACAUUAGUGUCUAUCACUCCAUUCUCAACAAAAUGAGAGUGGAGAUAAUUAUUUAUAAAUAAGAAUAUUGACUCUGCUUUUUAAUCCAUAUAUAUAUAUUACUGUGAAGCCAACUAUUUUCCUGGGUAAAUUUUUUCAUGGUUUUCUUUUAAACAAAAUAAUUUUAUUUCAACAAAUUAAAACUUCACGAUCUGGUUAUAAGAUGAUAUCUAAUUUUGCUCCUGAUGUCAUGUUACAAAGUGUUUACAGAUGAUUGCUGAUGAAGUAUAUGUAUAUCAUAACCAGUAAUAUUGGUUUAGGUUUGUAUUGUUUAACAUCCUAUCAACAGCUAUGGUCUUUUAAGGACAGAAAAUAAGAACAAUUGUAAUGUCAGCAAUGACAGUACAAUAUAACAACAUUAUGACCUGCAAUUUAUUUCAUGGAUAAUUUUCAUGACCACAUACAUCAGUGAUCUGCAAAAUAGCAGAAAGGAUUUUUUUUAUCCCGUGUCUUCUGAUGUUUCUUGUGGGAUCAUUGUCUGGACAAGAAACACUUUAGUUGUUUAUAUGUAAUCCAGGUGUCCUCAGGUACACUUUUUAGUUCUUUAAUCCACGGCUCUGGUUAUAAUGUGAAAAUUAUGUUUUUGUAUUUUGUCAUCACAAGUAACAACAAAUUUGUUUAUGUACAUCUGUGAAACAACAAAUGGUAUAGAAUAAUAGCAUUGAAUGUGAGCUGUUGACAGUACUAACACAUCCUACUAACUCACUAACAGGUUCACAGUAAUCUUAUUGUCUGAUACAGUUAUCUGAUUGUUUGAUACAGUAAUCUUAUUGUUUGAUACAGUAAUCUUAUUGUUUGAUACAGUAAUCUUAUUGUUUGAUACAGUAAUCUUAUUGUUUGAUACAGUAAUCUUAUUGUUUGAUACAGUAAUCUUAUUGUUUGAUACAGUAAUCUUAUUGUCUGAUACAGUAAUUUAUUGUAGAAAUUAAAAGUUUAAUGAGUUUCAAUAGACUUGUUCGUAGUAAAUGUAUUUUUUAUCUUUUAGGAGAGAAGCUGUUUUCACUGAAUGUGUAUAGAAUGUUAAAGCUUGUGGUUGAUUCUAUUUGUAUGUUUGCUAUAUAGUUUAUUGGAAGAUAUAUUGUGGUUAUAUAUAUACAUAUUGUUGUUUAACUUUGUUAAGACAUUAUUUCACGUUUUGACAUUCUGGGUUGAUUAGUAUCCAUACUAAACUGCACCUAACACAUAGACUA